AUGACGUCACCCAGGACUGUCAAGGAAGUUCAACAACUCACAGGAAGGAUAGCAGCUUUGAACAGGUUCGUCUCCAGAGCUACAGAAAAAUGCCUGCCCUUUUUCAAGAUCCUGAAGCAGGCUUUUGCCUGGACCGACGAAUGUGAAGCUGUGUUCCAGGAACUAAAGCGUUACCUGAGCAGUCCACCCCUCUUAAGCCCGUCCAAAGAAAGGGAAGACCUAUACUUAUACUUAGCAGUGUCAACCUCGGCAGUAAGUGCAGCCUUGAUAAGAGAAGAGGGCACGAAGCAACUUCCAAUUUACUACGUCAGCCAAGCCUUCCAAGGGGCUGAGUCCAAGUACCCAAGGAUCGAAAAGAUCGCGUUUGCGUUAAUAGUAGCCUCGCACAAGCUAAGGCAGUACUUUCAGGCAAACCCCAUCCUCGUAAUGACGAACCAACCGAUCAAGAAAUCAAUGAACAAGCCUGAGGCAGCCGGAAGAAUGGUCCAAUGGGCGAUUGAACUUAGUCAAUUUGACAUCGAGUACCAUCCCAGAAUGGCGAUCAAGGCGCAAGCUCUGGCGGACUUCAUCGCAGAGUUCACUCUUCCGGAUGAAGACAGGAUUACCAACGAGGUAGAUAGAUGGACAAUACAAACUGAUGGUUCAUCAGCCCAGAGGAAGGGGGAAGUAGGGGUCGUCAUAAUCACCCCCGACGGAGAAGUGCUGAAAUAUGGGGUCCAACUAAAAUUUCCAACUACCAACAAUGAAGCUGAAUACGAGGGAAUACUGACAGGAUUGAGGCUUGGAAAGGCACUUGGAGCUAAGAACCUGUUAAUCCAAAAUGAUUCAAAACUAGUAAUCGGGCAGAUUAGAAGGGAGUACGAAGCAAAGGAAGAAAGAAUGCAGAAAUACCUCAGGCUAAUGAAACACCUAACUCAGGAAUUCGAUACAGUGGAGUUCGUGCAAAUCCCAAGAAGCCAGAAUAUGGAGGCAGACGAAGUCUCGAAGAUAGCGUCAUCAAGAAAAGAGGAAAGUAGCAUGGAUUUGACGAUGGAAGUCCAGAAACACCCCAGCAUUGAAGAGGUCUCGAUAUUUACCAUCCAGAGCGCAAACAGCUGGAUGACACCCAUAAUGUGCUUCCUCCAGGACGGGCACCUCCCUUAG